CGUCAUUUGAAAACGAAGUUUGAUGGAAAAAUAAUUUGAAGUAAUAAAAUGUAAACAAAGCAUUAUUUAUUUAGUGAAUACUUUAUAUUCAGCAAUUAGGUAUAAAAAUGUGAUACCAAACCUUAAUGAUUUUUAAUUCCUCUCUUUUUAUGUUAUUUUUUUUUAAGUAAAUAAUUAGGGCAGCAGAUAAAUUAAUUUUAUGAAACCUAUAAUACCAUACAUUUCUCAGCCGAAAUGGCAACAACAAAUCGCUUUUACGAGAACGAAGAAAAUUAUUACAAUAGUCCUACAAACCCUACACCUGCCGUUGAUUUAGCUCAUUCUGUGAGUGUGAAUACUGUACCUAUUCUACAAAAUGAAUAUUUGCUUAAUGAUGUGUUGUGUAGAGGUUAUAGAUUUGAAGGAAAGAUGUCUAGUGUACGAAGGUCUUUCUGUCUUUUUGCCACCUUUGAUGUACUUUUUGUUGGACUCAUGUGGUUGAUAUGUGUCAUGCUGCAAGGAGAAAAUAUUUGGCAAGCAAUAGACUCACAAAUUAAACAUUAUAACAUAAAGACCUCUUUUUUCGAUAUAGUUUUUUUAGCAAUAUGUCGAUUCAUUUCACUCUGGCUCUUUUAUGGCAUACUCCAAAUAAACCAUUGGAGUAUUAUUGCUAUUACAACAGCUGCUACAUCUGCAUUUUGUAUUGCUAAAGUUUUUUAUUACACUUGGCAACAAACACCACAACCUGUCUUUGAAGUUCUUUCGAUUUUAGUAUCAUUCAUAAUUGCAUGGGGAGAAGCAUGGUUCUUUGAUUAUAGAGUUAUUCCCCAAGAGACUUAUGCUAAUCAGAUAAUUGUCACUACUACUAAUGAAAGAUCUCCUUUAAUUCAACAUUAUUUACGAGGAGCAGUACCUUCUAGGUAUACAGAAAGUGUUGAUAACUUCCAUUCGCCAAUGAAUUCACCAGAAGGAUCAUUGUAUAGGUUUGGCAUGGAAGAAAACUCUGUUUUAGGUCGGUUUCCACCAUCUCAACUAACCAGAAAUGAGAUGGAUAGAUAUGAAAUGGAUGCCAAGUAUUUAAUUGACGAGUCAAGAGAGAUACUUCAAUCAGAAAGAUGGACAGUAGAAAAAGAACAAGAUGAUAUAAUCGCCUACUCAAUGUGUCUUAGUGGUCAAACUAUUUUUAAAAUAUCUGGAUUUUUCAAUACAUCUCCUAAAAUUAUGCUCAAUGAAUUGUAUGAUGAAAUUGAAAAUAUUCCCAAUUGGAACCCCGCAUUACUGAAAGCUCAAAGAAUACAGAUAAUUGAUGACCAUACAGAUAUCAUAUAUCAGUUGGCUGCUGCGGGUGGUGGAGGUUUAGUUUCAAGCAGGGAUUUUGUUAGUUUGAGACACUGGAUCCAAUUAGAUGAUUUCUUUUUAUUAGCUACCAAAUCAAUUCAACAUCCAAAUGUGCCUAAAACAAGUAAAUAUGUCAGGGGAGAAAAUAUCACUUGUUUUCUAAUAGAGCAGGGUGAAUCCACAAACCAAUGUAAAAAGACUUUCAUCCUGAAUACUAACUUGAAAGGGUGGAUACCGCAGGCAGUUGUUAAUUUAGCUCUUAUCGAUACACUUUUCAACUACAUGAAAUGUUUGAAAAUGCACAUUAAAAAAAAGUAUCCUUCAGAAAAUGAACAAGUUUAGAAAAACAACAUUUCUUUUGGUACUUGCAAAAUUCUAUUUUAAAAUAACAAAUUUUUCUUGUUAUAGGUUAGGUAUUUCAAUGAACUCAAUUCUCAAUGAGUAUAUAGAAAAAGAAAUUUGUAAAAUCUUAUAUCUUAUUGUUACACAUUUCUAUAUAGAUAUUUCAUAUACUGAAAUAUUACUAAUUAAUUGAUAAUACACAUGUAUAUUGAUUUCUAUUUUUAUUACGAAUUAUUACGUUUGUAAUGUUUGUAUAGAUUUUAUUUUCUUCAAAUAUUUUCAAGUAACUAGCUCGAAAUUGGUAACAUACAAUAUUCAAGUGGAAGUAUAAACCUAAUGGUGGACUAGUUUUUGGAAAGGAGUUACAAUGCAACCAAACAAACACGUUGCUAAUGUUGUUACUAAUGAAUUAAUAAUACGCAUGUGUGUUGAUUCAAUUUUUUUAUGUUAUGAAUAAUAUGUUAUCACCCAUAUUACACAUUGUAACUUCUUUCAAACAACUAGCUUAGCAUUAGGUUUAUAUUUUUACUUAAAUAUUCUAUAUAGAAUAGGUAUUUGAAAAUAUCUGAAGUAGUUACCAUGUUAAAUUCAUUAUGAAAAUGGAAAUCAAUACACAUGUGUAUCAUUAAUUAGUGUACAAUGGAUUCUAUCAAGUAAAGACCAACACAAUUUGAAUACGGAAAUUUCACUCUAUACAUAAAUCAUAAGUGUAAAGAUAGUCAAAUAAAUUGAUUAAAAUACGAGUAGUUCCAAAACUGCCAAAUAUAAAUUGAUCAGCUAUUCAGUAUAAUGAAGUUUUGAUCGAAUAAUAAAUUCAAAUUUAAAUUCGGUGUUUUCACGUUCUUGAGUAAACACGUUCAAUUUACAAGGUUAGCGACGGGUUUCAUGAAACUUUGAUUGACCGAUCAACUCGUUGAUUGUAGUAAUCUAUGAAAGUGUCAUAAAUGAACUGAAAUUGAAGACAGAAAUGAUUUGAUCGAUCAAAUCACAAUGAUGAAAUUUUUAUGAAACCCACCAUAUGACCAUCAAAUUCAAAUUGUCAGAGCAGUUUAACUAUACAUCCUAUUAAAAAAAAAUUGACAGACAAUACAAUUUGUUUCAUUGAUGAAUCUACUGAUAAUUCUAUAUAGUUGAUUCUUUAAAUAACAACUGAAUUAAAUGAUCUCAAAUUUGAUUGGGGAAUAUAUCGAAGAGAAGCAAAUCACUUCUUGAUAAUUCAGUUGGAAUAGGAUAAAUAAACUCUGGUUUAUACUUAAAACAUGAUCUCGGAUUGAAUUGGACAUUGAAUGGAAUUGAAAUAAAUCAAACCUUCUCAAAGUGUUCCUUAUUUAUUGUGAGAGUUGGUUACAUUAUUUUCUUAAGAUAUAAUAUUAAAUAUAUUUCUAUUUUUAUAUGUUGAAACUUUACUUUUGUAUGAUAACAAUGUGUAUGAAAUAAAAUUGAAAUAUUUGUGA